AUGCCAUCAAAUACAAUUCAUAUACCUUCAAAUCAAAGUUAUAAUGGUCUUAUACAUUCAGAAACAUUUUAUCGUAAACAACAGCAACCACGAUCACAUGCUGUUGGAACGGCAUCGCAAACAUUUACAAAAAUACCGGGUUUAACUGUUCCAUUUUAUCAUACACAACCGUUGUUAUAUAAAAUAAGAUUUGAAGGAGUGUGUUGGACAUCACAUUCUGAGGUAACUUGGAUAUUUUUACGUAUAAUGGUUGAUGAUUUUGUACUCUAUGACGAUAAAUUAUUACCAAAUGUUGAUACACGUUAUCUAGUUAUAAAAGGAGCAACGGUUAAUUCAGACAUUGAUCUUAUGAAUGGUGGACAUUGGCGUUUUACAGUACCAGCAAGCGUUUCUUGUUCAAAAACUGAUUUUAUUUAUUUGAAUGCAGGCCUGCAUAUGAUUGAUGUUGGUGUUCGUGGUGAACAGAAAUUGCCAGUUAAUGUUGUUUGGGAUACAUUAAGCAUAGAACUAGUACAAUUUGAUCGUAAUGUUAAUAUUGGACUGAUACCAAUAAAUGUGACGUUGCCUAAUUCAAGUGGUUGA